CCGCCCAAACUCUGAAAUACCCCGCGCGCUUCAUCAUCCAUCGCCCACCUCCGUCUCCGUGGUGAGAAUGAGAUGAGCUCGCCAAGCCAAGCCAAGGCCGGGGGCAGAAGCCCGUUCCACCUUUUUUCCUUCCUUCCUUCCACCCGGGGGCAAAAGCAGCAGCAGCAGCAUCCAAAGCCCAGCCGGCUCACCCACCCCGUCGUCCUUCUCCCCCUUCAGUUCAACCCCGCAAAAACCCUAGCCCCCCUCCCCCCACCCAUCUCGCUUGCCCCCGCCCCCGCCCCCGAUCGAUCCCUCCUUUCCUUUGCCAUGUCCCACCUCGCGCCCUCCGCCGCGCCGCCGGCCUCCUCCAGGCCCAGGCGCGCCGCCACCACGCCGCUGCGCUACAGACAGCCGGACGCCGACGCGGACGACCGCGGGGCCACGGGGAAGGCUCCCGGCGGACCAAGCGCCAAGGUGGCCGCCAGGCCCAGCGCACCGUUGCCGACCGUCGUGGGGGACGCGCCCGGCGCGACGAUCGGCAACGAGACGCGCCCAGCACGGAGACCGCGUGGUGGAAGAGGAUGGCCUGGCCCAGCACGGAGACCAGGGCGGACGCGCCUAGCACGGACCGCUUGGUGGGCGACCCAGUGCCGGACCGCGACGCCAGGCGACGGUGGCCGCACAGGUACAGCAAAACCAAGGGUUCUGAUCACUCGUGCGCCAGCCGCAGCUCUGCAGAUUGGGAAGGGGAGCAGAUCAGUGCCCGGUGCCACUACACCUCUGCUUCUGUCGAUGAUGUCAUAUUCAAUCUCAAUGACGAUGUCUUCAUCAAGGCUGGUCCCUGUGAAGAGAGUUACAUUGGCCGUAUUACGGAGUUUUUUCAAGGUCAUCUCACCGAAGCUGCUUAAGGUCCAUGAUCAUCAACAUAAUGAUAGGCGUGUUUUCCUUUCAGAGGAAAAGAAUGACAAUUUGAUUGAGUCAAUAAUCUGUAAAUUAAACGUCAUUUAUGUUGAUCCAGAUGAGAUACCACAGGCAAAACAUCGGUUAAUAUCAAAUUCUGAUUUCUAUUAUGAUAUGUCUUACUCGGUGGCAUGUUCCACAUUUGCAAAUAUGCGAGCAGAAAAUGAUGGUGCAGCAGACAGUGAUACAACUUCAGAUAUAUCUUGUGAAGAGGGGAAACCAGUGGCUGACCUUGUGACAUACAGUCUGCUCGAUCUAUAUUCAGGGUGUGGGGCUAUGUCAACAGGGCUCUGCCUUGGUGCAGAAUUGGCUGGCAUAAAACUAGAAACUAAAUGGGCUGUGGACAUGAACUCACAUGCUUGUGAGAGCCUAAAGCAUAACCACCCUUCAACACAGGUACGAAAUGAGAAGGCUGAAGAUUUCCUAUCCCUCCUUCAACAGUGGAAAGCACUCUGUAAUAAAUAUGUCAUCCACGGCAGCAAUUCUUUGGCCUCUGAUCUAGCUCAGGCGUCAAACGAUGAUGAAAAGGAUGAAAACGAGUCUCUACCAAAGGAUGUAUUUGAGGUAGAGAGGCUUGUUGAUGUAUGCUAUGGCGAUCCAAAUAAGACUGGAAAAAAUGGCUUAUGGUUUAAGGUUCGGUGGAAAAAAUAUGAUGCUAGUCAAGAUACAUGGGAGCCAAUUGAUGGUCUGAGCGAUUCCUAUGAGUGUAUUAAAGAAUUUGUCCAGAGUGGAUAUAGGGAUUCCAUUCUGCCUUUGCCUGGUUCUGUGGAUGUUAUUUGUGGGGGUCCUCCCUGCCAAGGCGUUAGUGGAUUCAACAGAUUCAUAAAGCCUGAUGAUCCGCUGACGGAUGAAAAGAACAAGCAAUUGGUUGUCUUCAUGGAUAUUGUGAACUAUCUACGACCUAAAUAUGUUCUUAUGGAGAACGUUGUAGACAUCUUGAAAUUUGCAGAUGGGUUCCUCGGCCGCUAUGCAUUGAGUCGCCUUGUCGCUAUGAACUACCAGAGUAGGCUUGGGAUGAUGGUUGCGGGUUGUUAUGGGCUGCCGCAGUUUAGGAUGCGGGCAUUUAUCUGGGGAGCUCUUCCUUCCAUGGUUCUUCCAAAAUUCCCACUUCCCACCCAUGAUGUUAUUAAGCGAGGACUAGUGCCAAAUGCAUUUUCGCGAUGUCUUGUUGCUUAUGAGGAAACAGCAAAUAAACACUUGAGAAAAGCUCUCGUCCUCGAAGAUGCAAUAUCUGAUUUACCGGAGGUUCAAAACCAUCAGCCUAAUGAUGUCAUGGAGUAUGACAGUGACCCCAAAACAGAGUUCCAACGCUAUAUCCGGCUUAGCAGUAGAGACAUGAAGGGUUACUCAUUUGAAGAUGCUACUCCUAAGAAAGGUCAACUUUUCGAUCAUCAACCGCUACAAUUAAACAAUGAUGAUUAUGCACGAGUGCAGCAAAUUCCUGAAAAGAAGGGGGCCAACUUUCGUGAUUUGAAGGGUGUCCGAGUUGGGGCCAAGAACACUGUGCCUGAUUAUGCCAUGUCUUUCAUCAAGGGGAAGUCAUCAAAACCAUUCAGACGCCUGUGGUGGGAUGAAACUGUUCCAACUGUUGUCACAAGAGCUGAGCCUCACAACCAGGCUAUUUUGCAUCCCACCCAGCACCGUGUUCUGACCGUCAGAGAAAACGCUAGGCUCCAAGGCUUUCCAGACUAUUAUAGGCUCUUUGGGCCUGUAAAAGAGAAAUACAUUCAGGUUGGCAAUGCCGUUGCUGUUCCUGUUGCUCGAGCUCUGGGAUACUCCCUUGGACAGUCUCUCCGGGGUGAAUUCGUCGGAGAUCAGCCACUGUUCAAACUGCCUGAGAGUUUUAGUUGUAUGGGUCAAGCAGCAGCCACCGGAUCGUCUGUAGGGGUAGUGGAGGCAGAAUAAUUAUUCACCGGCUGUCGCUUUAGGUCAUAUACUUGCGUGAGGAGCCGCCCAUACAUUGCCAUCUGUUGUGAAACACUCGUCUGUCAAAUUCUUCAAACAUUUGUUAACGUUUGUAAAUCAUAAUUAAGUUCAGUUGUUCCCCCAUUGUGUGCCUGUCUAUUCCAUUAAGUUCAGAUGCUGAGGUGAGGUGCAUAGUUCUGAA